AGUGCUGGUGGCGGCGCGGGAGGCGGUGGCGGCGGCUGCCCGGAGCCAACAUGACCAGGCUCUGAAAGAGUUCCAGCUGAAAUUUCUGAUCGGACAGACUCGCUGAAGCUUCCGAGGCAGUGAUUCCAAACUGCCAGCUCAGGCCGCUGCCAAGCUGCAGGAUGGUGCACGUAGCCAGGCCGCUGUUGCUGCUUCUCGCUUUCUUCCUCCGCGCAGAUGCUGAGACACCUCCAAGAUUUACAAGAACUCCUGUUGACCAGACAGGGGUCUCUGGCGGAGUUGCCUCUUUCAUUUGCCAAGCUACAGGAGACCCAAGACCUAAAAUUGUCUGGAACAAAAAAGGAAAGAAAGUCAGCAAUCAGAGAUUUGAGGUAAUAGAGUUUGAUGAUGGAUCUGGAUCAGUUCUCAGAAUACAACCCUUACGGACUCCGCGGGAUGAGGCCAUUUAUGAAUGUGUGGCCUCGAAUAACGUGGGAGAAAUAAGUGUAUCCACCAGACUCACAGUUUUGCGUGAGGAUCAAAUUCCCAGGGGCUUCCCUACCAUUGACAUGGGCCCACAGUUGAAGGUGGUUGAGCGUACACGCACUGCCACCAUGCUUUGUGCAGCCAGUGGGAAUCCGGAUCCAGAAAUAACUUGGUUUAAAGAUUUCCUGCCCGUCGACACAAGCAACAACAAUGGCCGUAUUAAGCAAUUACGAUCAGAAUCUAUUGGUGGUACACCAAUAAGAGGCGCCCUUCAGAUCGAACAGAGCGAAGAAUCUGACCAAGGAAAAUAUGAGUGUGUUGCCACCAACAGCGCGGGCACUCGCUAUUCUGCCCCUGCCAAUUUAUAUGUCAGAGAGCUGCGAGAAGUUCGCCGUGUCCCACCAAGAUUCUCUAUCCCACCUACUAAUCAUGAAAUCAUGCCAGGUGGAAGUGUUAAUAUCACCUGUGUGGCCGUGGGGUCACCAAUGCCUUAUGUGAAGUGGAUGUUGGGGGCAGAAGAUCUGACACCUGAAGAUGAUAUGCCAAUAGGAAGAAAUGUACUGGAACUGAAUGAUGUAAGACAGUCAGCAAACUACACCUGUGUUGCCAUGUCAACACUAGGUGUCAUUGAAGCAAUAGCACAGAUCACUGUCAAAGCCUUACCCAAACCUCCAGGAACGCCCGUAGUGACCGAGAGCACAGCCACAAGCAUCACAUUGACGUGGGACUCUGGGAACCCUGAGCCUGUCUCUUACUACAUCAUUCAGCAUAAACCUAAAAAUUCUGAGGAACCUUACAAAGAAAUUGAUGGGGUGGCGACCACACGCUACAGUGUCGCUGGACUAAGUCCCUACUCGGAUUAUGAAUUCAGGGUUGUUGCUGUUAAUAACAUUGGGCGGGGACCUCCCAGUGAGCCUGUGCUAACACAGACCUCAGAACAAGCACCAUCCAGUGCCCCACGGGAUGUCCAGGCGCGGAUGUUGAGUUCAACCACCAUUUUGGUACAGUGGAAGGAGCCUGAGGAGCCAAAUGGACAGAUCCAAGGAUACAGAGUUUAUUAUACAAUGGAUCCCACACAGCAUGUCAACAACUGGAUGAAGCAUAAUGUAGCUGACAGCCAAAUCACUACUAUUGGCAACUUAGUGCCCCAGAAAACAUAUUCUGUCAAAGUUCUGGCUUUUACCUCAAUUGGAGAUGGUCCACUUUCAAGUGACAUACAAGUCAUCACUCAGACAGGAGUACCAGGGCAACCACUAAACUUCAAAGCAGAACCUGAGUCUGAAACAAGUAUUCUGCUGUCUUGGACACCUCCACGUUCAGACACCAUUGCCAACUAUGAACUGGUCUACAAAGAUGGGGAGCAUGGAGAGGAGCAACGAAUUACCAUCGAGCCAGGGACAUCUUACAGACUGCAAGGACUGAAACCAAACAGUUUGUACUACUUCCGUCUGGCUGCACGCUCUCCUCAAGGCCUGGGUGCUUCCACAGCUGAAAUAUCAGCCAGAACCAUGCAGUCAAAGCCGUCAGCUCCUCCUCAAGACAUUAGUUGCACCAGCCCAAGUUCCACUAGUAUUUUGGUAAGUUGGCAACCUCCACCAGUGGAAAAACAGAAUGGCAUUAUUACUGAAUACUCCAUCAAGUACACCUCCGUGGAUGGAGAAGAUGACAAACCUCACGAGAUUUUGGGAAUUCCUUCGGACACUACUAAGUACCUUUUGGAACAGCUGGAAAAAUGGACUGAGUACCGGAUCACUGUGACAGCCCACACAGACGUCGGCCCUGGCCCCGAGAGCUUCUCCGUGUUGAUUCGAACUGAUGAAGAUGUUCCUAGUGGUCCUCCUCGCAAAGUCGAGGUAGAGGCUGUCAACUCAACAUCUGUUAAAGUCUCAUGGCGCUCACCUGUGCCCAAUAAACAGCAUGGCCAGAUAAGAGGAUACCAGGUGCAUUAUGUGAGGAUGGAAAAUGGUGAGCCCAAGGGCCAGCCCAUGCUGAAGGAUGUGAUGCUGGCUGAUGCACAGUGGGAAUUUGAUGAUACUACUGAACAUGACAUGAUUAUUUCUGGGCUACAACCUGAAACUUCCUACUCCCUCACCGUCACAGCCUACACCACCAAAGGAGAUGGUGCACGAAGCAAGCCCAAACUGGUGUCCACCACUGGGGCAGUUCCAGGGAAACCCCGGCUUGUGAUUAACCACACUCAAAUGAAUACUGCUCUCAUUCAGUGGCACCCCCCGGUGGACACAUUUGGACCUCUUCAGGGCUACCGUCUAAAAUUUGGCCGGAAAGAUAUGGAGCCACUCACUACUCUUGAGUUCUCUGAGAAAGAAGACCACUUUACUGCUACAGACAUCCAUAAAGGAGCAUCAUAUAUCUUCAAGCUCUCAGCCAGAAACAAAGUGGGCUUUGGGGAAGAAAUAGUGAAGGAGAUUUCUGUUCCAGAAGAAGUCCCAACUGGAUUUCCUCAAAACCUCCACUCAGAAGGCACCACUUCAACGUCCGUCCAGUUAUCCUGGCAGCCACCUGUCCUGGCAGAGAGAAAUGGCAUUAUCACCAAGUAUACUCUUCUGUAUAGGGAUAUCAACAUCCCACUUCUUCCAAUGGAGCAGCUUAUUGUUCCAGCUGAUACUACUGUGACACUCAGUGGCUUAAAACCAGAUACCACAUAUGAUGUAAAAGUACGUGCUCACACGAGCAAAGGGCCCGGGCCAUAUAGUCCCAGUGUCCAGUUCAGGACACUUCCUGUGGAUCAAGCAGUGUUUGCAAAAAAUUUUCAUGUCAAAGCAGUAAUGAAGACUUCAGUGCUGUUGUCUUGGGAAAUUCCAGAAAAUUAUAAUUCUGCCAUGCCUUUCAAAAUUCUUUAUGAUGAUGGGAAAAUGGUGGAAGAAGUGGAUGGCCGAGCUACACAGAAGUUAAUUGUCAACCUAAAGCCUGAGAAGUCAUAUUCAUUUGUGCUGACAAAUCGUGGAAACAGUGCUGGUGGGCUGCAACACAGGGUAACAGCAAAGACUGCACCAGAUGUACUUCGUACCAAGCCUGCCUUCAUUGGGAAGACCAAUCUAGAUGGCAUGAUCACUGUGCAACUGCCUGAAGUACCCGCCAAUGAGAAUAUAAAAGGUUACUACAUAAUAAUUGUGCCUUUGAAGAAAUCUCGUGGGAAAUUUAUCAAGCCAUGGGAGAGUCCAGAUGAAAUGGAAUUAGAUGAGCUGCUUAAAGAGAUAUCUAGGAAACGCAGAAGCAUCCGUUAUGGGAGAGAAGUUGAAUUAAAGCCAUAUAUUGCUGCUCACUUUGAUGUCCUUCCCACUGAGUUCACCCUGGGGGAUGACAAACAUUAUGGUGGAUUUACAAACAAGCAACUCCAAAGUGGUCAAGAAUAUGUCUUCUUUGUGUUAGCUGUGAUGGAACAUGCAGAGUCUAAGAUGUAUGCAACCAGUCCCUACUCUGACCCCGUUGUGUCAAUGGAUUUGGAUCCACAGCCAAUCACAGAUGAAGAAGAAGGCUUGAUCUGGGUUGUAGGUCCAGUCCUUGCAGUGGUCUUUAUCAUCUGCAUUGUGAUAGCUAUCCUUCUUUAUAAAAGUAAACCUGACAGGAAGAGGGCAGAGUCUGACUCUAGAAAGAGCAGCAUACCCAACAGUAAGGAGGUCCCUUCACACCAUCCAACAGACCCAGUAGAACUGAGGCGCCUUAAUUUUCAAACACCAGGUUCAGAUGAUUCCGGUUACCCUGGUAACCUUCAUUCUUCAAGUAUGGCUAGCCAUCCUCCAAUUCCUAUCUUGGAACUUGCAGAUCACAUUGAAAGGUUGAAAGCAAAUGACAACUUGAAGUUUUCCCAGGAAUAUGAGUCAAUUGACCCUGGCCAGCAGUUCACAUGGGAACAUUCAAACUUGGAAGUAAACAAACCAAAGAAUAGAUAUGCGAAUGUAAUCGCAUAUGAUCAUUCCCGGGUUCUCCUAUCAGCAAUAGAAGGCAUCCCCGGAAGUGACUAUGUGAAUGCCAACUAUAUAGAUGGCUAUAGGAAACAAAAUGCUUAUAUUGCAACACAAGGAUCUCUGCCUGAAACAUUUGGGGACUUUUGGAGAAUGAUAUGGGAGCAACGGAGUGCAACAGUUGUCAUGAUGACAAAACUAGAAGAACGAUCCAGGGUGAAGUGUGACCAGUAUUGGCCCAGUAGAGGCACAGAAACCCACGGGCUGGUCCAGGUGACGCUACUUGAUACCGUGGAACUGGCCACGUAUUGCGUUCGAACAUUUGCACUUUACAAGAAUGGGUCAAGUGAGAAGAGAGAAGUGAGACAAUUCCAGUUCACUGCCUGGCCUGAUCAUGGUGUUCCAGAACACCCUACACCUUUUCUAGCUUUCUUACGCAGAGUCAAAACCUGUAACCCUCCUGAUGCAGGCCCUAUGGUUGUGCACUGCAGUGCGGGAGUUGGCAGGACUGGCUGUUUCAUUGUAAUAGACGCCAUGUUAGAAAGAAUAAAGCAUGAAAAAACUGUAGAUAUUUAUGGCCAUGUAACUUUAAUGAGAGCCCAGAGGAAUUACAUGGUUCAAACAGAAGACCAAUACAUCUUUAUCCAUGAUGCACUGUUAGAAGCAGUGACUUGUGGAAAUACCGAAGUGCCAGCUAGAAACUUGUAUGCCUACAUUCAGAAGCUGACACAAAUAGAAGCAGGAGAGAAUGUCACAGGAAUGGAGCUUGAAUUUAAGCGUCUAGCCAGCUCUAAAGCUCACACCUCAAGAUUCAUCAGUGCCAAUCUUCCAUGUAAUAAAUUCAAAAAUCGCCUUGUUAAUAUUAUGCCAUAUGAAUCCACAAGGGUAUGCCUGCAGCCUAUCCGAGGAGUAGAAGGAUCUGAUUACAUCAAUGCCAGUUUUAUUGAUGGAUACAGACAACAGAAAGCCUACAUUGCUACCCAGGGGCCCUUGGCAGAGACCACAGAAGACUUCUGGCGGAUGCUCUGGGAACACAAUUCCACCAUCGUUGUGAUGCUCACCAAGCUGCGUGAGAUGGGCAGAGAGAAAUGUCACCAAUACUGGCCCGCAGAACGAUCUGCAAGAUACCAGUACUUUGUUGUAGAUCCCAUGGCUGAGUACAACAUGCCACAGUAUAUCCUAAGAGAAUUCAAGGUCACAGAUGCCAGGGACGGACAGUCCCGAACAGUGAGGCAGUUCCAGUUCACUGACUGGCCAGAGCAAGGAGUGCCAAAGUCUGGAGAAGGAUUUAUUGACUUCAUUGGCCAAGUACAUAAAACAAAAGAGCAGUUUGGCCAAGAUGGGCCCAUUUCAGUCCAUUGCAGUGCGGGCGUCGGAAGAACUGGAGUCUUCAUAACACUAAGCAUUGUUUUGGAAAGAAUGAGAUAUGAAGGAGUUGUAGAUAUCUUCCAGACUGUCAAAAUGUUAAGAACACAACGACCAGCCAUGGUACAGACAGAGGACCAGUACCAGUUCUGCUACCGAGCCGCACUGGAGUACCUGGGCAGCUUUGAUCACUAUGCAACGUAGAAACCCCUGAUCCCCUUUGGGUUCUUACUGCAGGCCCUUCAGUAUCCACGGAGUCUCUUCUGAGCCAUACAGGGCACUCGAGAAGUCCUUCUUAACUUCUAGCUAACUACCACUUAGUGGGACUAUUACAAACAAAACAAAAUAAAAACAAACUCUUCUGGGUGGACCAAGAAUUCACAGUUUAAUAAUCUAACCUGAAAAAUAAUAAAGAGAAUCCUGACUGAUGAGGCAUCUGAAGGAUUUUAUUUACAGAUACCUCAAGGAUUCAAAAUAAAGGGAAGAAGAAAUCACAGCAAAGAACCACCAUCUUGUUCAGGAUUGCUUGUUAGGUGUGAGGAGAAAUUGCCAGAGUCCUACAGUUCAGUGCAAGAUGUUUGCUGGUGUGGCUUCUCAUAGGAUAAAAUGGACUCUGCUGCGACAUCGCCCCUUCCCACCAUACUGCUCAUAAUAACAUUUCAGGGGGAAUGGGGGGAAAUGUUUAAAAAGAAAGUCUUUGAUUUAGUUUUUUAGUAUUGUAAAGAUACUGCUGACCUGUGCUUCAUUUUUAACUGUGUAAACUUUUUUUUAACAAAAUGUAUCAUUCGAUAAAGUGAAUUUUAAAA